UAAAUAGAUGGCAUAACAAAACCUCUAAUUCUUUUGCACAAUUGAUCAUUCAGUACAUAGAACAGGAAGUUCCAUAAGACGAUGGCUCUAUAUCAAUUUUAUAACUAGUCUGUGGUGCAAUCUCUUGUGAAACAAAGUAUACAAACAAGUGCUGUAAGAACUUCACCAGAGAUACAGUUGGAUACAGUUAAUCAACAAAUAUCGUUAAAGGUUUCCAUUACGCAUGAGGGUUAUUUCUUCUUCAGAUAACAUCGAUUUGUUUUAAUAUUGUGCCUAUUAUAUACUAAGUACAAUGUCUUAUCAAUUAUAUCGAAAUACAACGUUAGGUAAUACGUUACAAGAGAGUCUUGACGAACUGAUUCAGUAUGGACAAAUCACACCACAAUUAGCUCUUAAAGUAUUAUUACAAUUUGAUAAGGCAAUAAAUCAAGCACUUGCUACUAGAGUAAAAUCAAGACUUACAUUUAAGGCUGGUAAAUUAAAUACUUAUAGAUUUUGUGAUAAUGUAUGGACAUUUAUGCUUAAUGAUGUUGAAUUUCGUGAAGUUCAGGAAGUUGCAAUGGUAGAUAAAGUAAAAAUUGUUGCUUGCGAUGGAAAAACACUAGAUGCAGAUGCAGCAACAAAACGAUAACGUCACUUUCUUAUACAAUUAAAUAUACACUACUAUUAUAUAACAAGUAA